CGGCGCGCCGUGUUUUGCGACGCCCAAGAUGGCCGCCCCCAGGGCACAAUGAGCCCGCUCCGGCCGCCGCCGCCGCUGGGGGGGACGCGGGGCACGGGCAGGGCCGUCCGGGGCACAGCCGGGGCGUUCCUCCGGCAGCAGGACCUGUCCGCGACUGCUCGGUGUGUGGGGCCCCGCCGGGGCUCGUAGCGGGAGAGCGGAGCGUCCCUUGGGAGGCGGCAUGUGGGGUGCCCUGCUGCGGCGCGGGGUCCGCUGCGCCGGCGGGAUCCGAUGCCUGUCCUCGGGCGGCCCGCCCUGGAGCCAGGUGGUGUCGGAGGCCGAGAAGAUCGUGGGGUACCCGACGUCUUUCAUGAGCCUGCGGUGCCUGCUGAGCGACGAGCUCAGCAACAUCGCCAUGCAGGUCCGCAAGCUGGUGGGCACCAAGCACCCGCUGCUCGACACCGCCCGGGGUUUUGUGUACGAUAGCCGAAACAAUUUACAGAUGCGAGGUUUGGUCGUACUGCUUAUUUCCAAAGCUGCUGGACCCAGCACAGCAGAACUCUCUUUCCAGCAUGACAUGGUCAGUGGAAUUUACUCCAGUCAAAGAAGUCUGGCUGAGAUAACAGAGCUGAUCCAUACUGCCUUUCUGGUGCAUCGUGGCAUAGUAAACAUUGGUGAGCUCAAGUCCUGUGAUGGCCCACUGAAGGAUAUGCAGUUUGGGAAUAAAAUGGCUGUUUUGAGUGGAGAUUUUCUUCUAGCAAAUGCUUGCACAAGCCUUGCACAGUUGCAGAAUACCAAGGUUGUGGAACUCAUUUCAAGUGCUAUUGGUGACUUAGUUCAAGGGAUAUAUUAUGAAAACUCAAAAUCAUCUGAGGAGAACUGCCUCACAGAUGAUAUUGGCAUAUCUAGGUGGAAGGAGCAGGUUUUCCUGUCACACAGUGCCUUGCUGGCAAAGAGCUGCCAGGCUGCAAUGGAGCUAGCAAAGCACAGCGCUGAGAUCCAGGACAUGGCAUUCCAGUAUGGGAAGCAUAUGUCUAUGAGUCAUAAGCUACAUUCGGACCUGCAGCCAUUUGUUAAAGAAAGUUCUAAUGACACCAUGGCCUUCAGUUUGAAUUCUGCUCCUGCAAUCCUUCAUCAGGAAUUCCGUGGAAGGGAGGCAUGGCUUAAACAGAUUAGAGAGGCACAAGGAAAAGGAAACAUUGUGGACUAUAAGAAGCUGCAGGAAGCGAUCAAGGCUGGCAAAGGUGUGACUUCUGCCAUCGACCUCUGCCGCUGCCACGGAAACAGAGCACUGGCAGCCCUGGAGCAAUUCCCUCCAUCGGAGGCCAGGGACGCCUUGGCCAACAUUGUCUAUGCCGUGACCAGGUUUCCCUGACCUGCCGCUCCGGGAGGAGCAUCCCUCCCUCCACAGGUGGAAGCAACCCGGCAGGGACACCAGUGCUGCCUCACACCUCUGGUCACCUCAUCCCGUCCUGGCAGAGGAAGAUGCACUUGCUGCCGCCGUCCCCACCAGCAAAAUUAGGGAGAGGAAAGAAAAAAGGUCACAGACGGUUUUCACUUGUCGUGCCAGAAGCGCACUUGAGGCUGCACCGGUAGAAAUAAUUAAUGAGUCCCGUUUCCGUGACCUCAGCAAAUGGACAGGAAAUAAGUCGGUAUUGAUUGGGCACCAGCGGGGACGGCGCCAGGGCGGAGGCCGGUGGUUUUCCUGCCAGAGGGAGGGAUAGAGGGAGGGAGGGAUGGAUGGAAGGGCGUGAAGAUCCAGGUGUCACAAGAAACCCGCUCAAACCUGCCCAGAGAGAGUGAGCUGCCAAUACCGGGAAUUAACAUCCCCUUACCCAAGGGGAAGGGCAGUUUGGGGAAUUAAUGGGGGGAAAUCCCUCUCUGUCUGCACGCUGUUAUGUCUCCUCACACUCUUUUUAUGUACUCAAAUGUAAAAUUGCCCUGUGCCUAAUGAGUGUUGUAUUUGAGAAACUUGCUGAGAAAAUGUGUCAAGCAUGGUAAGUAGGAGCUUUAAAAUAUUUAAUCAAAUAUUAAUUUGGCUCUGUUAAGGGAACUGAGUGCCUGGAGUUUAUACUGUGCCUAUGUAAAAUGUUACUCUGGGUCAAAGAAUGAGGUUUUUCCAACUUCUGGAGGAGGGAAUAUCCCUCCCUUAGAUCCAGCAGUUCGUUUCAACAGCGUCUUACACGAAAGAAUUUCCUAUGUUUUUGACACUUGUGUUAAUUUAAGCCAAAUAAAUGUUAAUUUGUAAGGCUAGACAUCAGCCUUUGGCAGAAAGGAAGCAGGAAUGCUCCUCUGUGAGUAGUCACUGCACUGAAUAAAAUGCAGAAAAUACUGGAGAAGUUUUGAACCUCAGUGUGUUGGAUUUUCAGGUCCAAUUACAGACAGCUUAUAAGGUGUAUCAGAAGCCUGCAAUUUGAGACCGUCUCUGUUUUGUUCAUAGGAGAUGAUUUUUGUGGUUUGCACGCCUGCAAUCUGAGAAUGCCGUUGACAAGAAGGCUGAGUUUACAUAAAUGAUCUAGAUUGAGACUCAGCUACCUUUCUUCCUUCUGUGGUGUAAUUACAGCCCAAUCUGGAGACAGCUAGCACAGCAAACAGAUUUCAUUACAUCCCUCACUCAAACACUAAGUGGAGUUAUUUCUGUUAAAUUCUCUCCUCCCUCCUUUUCCCCCUGCACUCCCUCCUCGUCGCACAGCUUGUUUGUCAUAGAUCAGCGUGUUGCAUUCCACCAAAUGCAAAAUAUAAAUAAAAACUCUAUCCUCUAAAAAUAUACUGAAAAUA